AUGGCAGAUGACAAUUACACACGGGACGAGGAGGAUUUUGAUGAGGAGGAAGUUGAUGAGACCAGCUACCGAUCAGUCAAAGAUGCUGUCUUGUUUGCAAUCGAUAUUAGCAGCUCAAUGCUGACUCCCCGCCCGUCCAAGGAUGCUAAGAAACCCACCGAGGUAUCGCCCGCCUCUGCUGCUCUCAGAUGCGCAUACCAUUUGAUGCAACAACGCAUCAUUUCGAACCCUCAUGACAUGAUUGGCGUCUUGCUCUAUGGUACCGAAUCCUCCAAGUUCUACGACGAGGAUGGAAAGAGCCGUGACGACUUAUCCUACCCACAUUGCUACCUAUUUACUGAUCUCGAUGUUCCAUCCGCCGACGAGGUGAAGGCACUUCGAGCGCUUGCAGAGGAUGAAGAGGAGGCUCGUAAGGUACUCAAGCCAUCUGAAGAGCGAGUUUCUAUGGCCAAUGUACUGUUCUGCGCAAACCAAAUUUUCACCUCGAAGGCUCCAAAUUUCCUCUCACGACGACUGUUCAUCGUCACAGACGAAGAUAACCCCCACGCUGAAAGCAAAUCCCUACGCUCAGCUUCGUUUGUUCGAGCGAAAGAUCUCUAUGACCUUGGCGUGGCAAUUGAUUUGUUUCCCAUUUCACGACCGGAUCACGAGUUCAACACCUCUAGGUUCUACGACGAUAUCAUCUACAAAACAGCGCCCAGUGACGGCGAAGCGCCUGCCUAUCUGAAGCCAGAUACAAACACCGCGACGGCAACAGGGGACGGCAUUUCAUUACUCAAUUCCCUCUUGUCAAGUAUCAACUCACGAUCUGUAGCUCGACGGUCGCUCUUCACGAACGUGCCAUUGGAGCUUGGCCCCGAUUUCAGAAUCUCCGUCAACGGUUAUCUUCUGCUCAAGAAGCAAGAGCCGGCGCGCAGUUGCUAUGUUUGGCUCGGCGGAGAGACCCCACAAAUCGCCAAGGGUAUCACGACUCAAAGCGCAGAUGAUACAGGACACGUCGUAGAGAAGUCGGAGAUCCGUAAGGCAUACAAGUUCGGAGGUGAACAAGUCACAUUCACGACUGAAGAGCAACAAGCCCUCAGGAACUUUGGUGAUCCCAUAAUCCGAAUCAUCGGUUUCAAACCCCUCUCCGCUCUGCCUAUCUGGGCCAAUGUCAAGCAUCCUACUUUUAUUUAUCCUUCGGAGGAAGACUACAUCGGCUCGGUUCGCGUUUUCUCAGCACUCCAGCAAAAGCUUCUCAAGGAUCAAAAGCUGGCUCUUGUCUGGUUUAUCCCUCGCAAGAAUGCUACCCCAUGCUUGGCUGCUAUGGUUGCUGGCGAAGAAAGAGUGGAUGAAAAUGGUGUCCAAAAAGUACCACCGGGAAUGUGGGUGAUACCUCUGCCGUUUGCCGAUGACGUGCGACAGAAUCCAGAAUAUGCCCGACAUGCUCCCCCAGAUGAUCUGGUAGACGCGAUGUGCAACGUCAUUGGACAACUCGAGCUUCCAAAAAAAGUCUACGAUGCUCAAAAAUAUCCAAACCCUCCUCUUCAAUGGCAUUAUCGUAUCUUACAGGCUCUGGCUUUGGACGAAGAUGUUCCCGAAACGCCAGAUGAUAAAACCAUCCCCAAAUUCCGACAAAUUGACAAGCGCGCCGGCGACUAUGUUAUGACGUGGUCCGAACUGGUCGAUGAGAAUGCGAAAAGCAUGUUUGGUGGAACUGCGGCAACAAAGUCAACCCUAGUCAAGCGAGGACCAAAGGAUCAAGAUGCCGGGAAUCCUCCAAGCAAGCGAGUGAAAGUCGAGGGUGGGACUACCAACCUCGACGACGAUGUCAAAAGGAGCUUUGAAAGGGGUGCGGUCGCGAAGCUCACUAUGCCCAUCCUGAAAGAGUUCCUGACCGCUCAUGGCCGUGCCACAGCUGGGAAAAAGGCCGAUCUCGUUGACCGAGUGGAGCAAUUCUUUGAGGAGAAGAUCUGA